AUGAAACAAACAAAUGGUAGAAAAGCCCCUGCCACAAGAGGUGUUAAGCCUACCGAGAAAAGCAACGGUCAGGCCAAAGAUGUAACUAUAAAACAGGAAGACUCGAACGACUUUGAAGAUCAACCUGUAAGACGCAGGCCAAAGAAAAAAAUAAUAAUUGAAUCGGAAGAGUCCGAGAGUGACGUUCCAAUUGCCAAGAGAGUAGCUGCUAAGGACAAUAAAUCUUCGGUCAAUUCUUUGCCGGAUAAGGGGAAACAGCCAAAGGCUUCUACCUCCUCUUUGAAACAAACAAUACUACCCGUUAAGAAAGAAGAACCGGUGAAUAGUAAAAAAGCAAAGAGAAAGCGACCGGAUUCCGAUUCUGAAGGGGAUGCCAAAGUCACACAAAAAAAGGCAAUUAAAACAGAAAAGAAAGUUGAAACAAAAGAAGCUGAAUCAGAAAGUGAAAGUGUUCCAAUUGUUAAAAAUUUGGGGAAAGUUAAUGGUAAAAAGCAAGCAGUUAAAGUUAAAGUAGAACCUUCUGACUCCGAAAGUGAUGUGCCUCUUGGAAAAAGAGUGAAUAAAGGAAAACAAUCAGCGACCCCUAAUAAAAGAACUACAAGAGCUACUACAACCAAAGGACAGGUCAAGCAAGCAAGUAAGACCCAAAAGGCUAAUGAUACUAAAGCUAAGCGAAAACGUAAUGAUUCUGACUCCGAGUUUGACGAGAAAAACGAGAAAAAAGUUCCGGUAAAAUCUGCCGUCAAAAAUGCAGUAAAAAAGGCUAGUCCUCAAAGAAAGAGAAAGAAAGAAGAUUCCGCAACUCCAGAAGAGGAAACUUCGCAGAAAAAGAAAGUUGAAAAUGCUAAAGGUGAUGGUACCGUCAAAUGGAAAACUUUGGAACAUAACGGAGUAUAUUUCCCUCCCGAUUAUGUUCCACAUAAAAUCAAAAUGAAAUACAAUGGCAAAGAAGUUUACCUUGAACCCGAAGCCGAGGAAGUCGCAACUUUUUAUGCAGCUGUCAUAAAAACCGAACACGUUGAAAAUCCAACAUUCAAUGAAAAUUUUUUCAGGGAUUUUAAGACAAUUUUGGCAAAGUCAAGCAAGAAUCCUUCCAUUGAUGGUUUCGAAAAAUGUGACUUUACGCCAAUCUUCGACCAUCUUGAACGUGAGAAAGAAAAACGAAAAGCCAUGUCAAAAGAGGAGAAGCAAAGGCUAAAAGAAGAGAAACUUCAGUUGGAAGAGAAAUAUGGCUUUUGUUAUCUUGAUGGUCGUAAACAAAAGGUUGGAAAUUUCCGAAUUGAACCUCCUGGGUUAUUCCGUGGUCGUGGUAAACAUCCAAAGACAGGUUCAUUGAAGCUUCGAGUUCAGCCAGAACAAGUAACUAUUAAUAUUGGCAAAGAUGUAAAAGUUCCCAAACCUCCAGCUGGUCAUAGUUGGAAUAAAGUUAUCCACGAUAACACAGUAACUUGGCUUGCAACAUGGAAAGAAAAUGUUAACGAAAAUAUUAAAUAUGUUUUCUUAGCUGCAAACAGUUCACUAAAAGGUCAGAGUGAUUUAAAGAAAUUUGAAAAGGCUCGCGAGCUUAAGGAUAUUGUUGCGAAAAUUCGUCAAGAUUAUAAUAGAGAUAUGAAGAGUAAAACAACCGCAACACGUCAACGUGCUACUGCAAUGUAUUUUAUUGACCGUCUAGCACUUAGAGCCGGAAACGAGAAAAAAGAAGGCGAAGAAGCCGACACGGUAGGCUGUUGCUCACUUCGUUUUGAACAUAUAAAACUUGAGCCUCCAAAUACAGUGCAUUUUGACUUUCUGGGUAAAGAUUCAAUACGAUACCAGAAUACUGUAACGGUGGAUCCUCAAGUAUAUAAAAAUCUUAGGAUUUUUAGAAGGAACAGUGAAACCGAGAAGGAUCAAUUGUUUGAUAGAGUAACAACACAAGAAUUAAACAAACACCUUUCUUCAUAUAUGGACGGUUUAACUGCUAAAGUGUUCCGUACUUACAAUGCUUCGUAUACUUUUCAAGAACAACUCAAAAAUACUCCAGUUGAUGGAUCCGUCAUCGAAAAGAUCUUGGCGUAUAAUCGUGCAAACCGAGAAGUGGCUAUCCUAUGUAAUCAUCAACGUACUGUCAGUAAAACUUUCGAUAAUCAAAUGAAUAGAAUCGAAGAUAAGAUACGCGCUCUUAAAUAUCAAAGGAUGAGACUUAAGAAAACUUUGUUGACAUUGGAUCCUAAACUGAAGAGAAAGAAACCUGAACUUGAUGAGCCGGAAUCGGAUUUAGGCGAAGAGUGGUGUGAAGAGUACGAGCAGCACUUGGAGGAAAAGGAUAAGGAAAGAAUUCGUAAAAAAUUUGAGAAGGAUAAUGAGAAACGCAUAGAGGAGGGCAAAAAAUCAUUAUCUGAAAGUGAACUAAAUGCCCAGCUCAAGGAUGCUGAAGAUAAAACGAAGCAAUUUAUUAAAGAACGCAAGACGGGUAAAAUCGAUGUGAAGAAAACUCAAACAGUUGAUAAAGUUGUAAGUCAAAUUGAAAAAAUCAAUGAAAAAAUCAAGGCAACCAAUCUCACCAAGGUCGAAAAGGAAGAAAACAAGACUACCGCAUUAGGAACUUCGAAGAUUAAUUAUAUUGAUCCUCGUAUUUCGGCUGCUUGGUGUUAUAAAUAUGAAGUCCCGAUCGACAAAAUCUUUAAUAGAAGCCUACGUGACAAAUUUAAGUGGGCCAUGGAAGUAGAUAAGAAUUGGCUAAGUCAAAUAAAUAAUUAUAGAGAAGUCGCUUCUAUAGCUCAUGUAUCUUUGUUUGACUCACACUAUCGUGUAAAUAGAAUGAAGGAACAAAACCUUCUAAACUCUUAUGUUUUUAAACGUGAUAUGAUUGAGACGAGAAGACCUGUAACGGGAUUGGACUUUGCCUCAUUAUAUCCCAGUUUCAUUAUGGCUUACAAUCUCUCUCCAGAUAAAAUAAUACUAAUACAUAGAGAGGCUGAUAUUGUGGAAAAAAAUG